UGGUAAAUGUAUCAAUCCAAAUAUUGUCAAAAUAAAUACCGUGAUGCAUCGGUGGAUCGUCCCAUCCCUUCUAAAUUCUAAGAAAAUUAUUGACUAACAGCAGUCUUGUGGGGACAAUGUAUAUUCCAUACAUAGUCAGUACGAAAUAUUCCUCCAUUUGAGCAUAAUUUUUUUUGUUAUUCAUUAUUUGCCAUUAAUAUUUAAUACAAAGGCCGUCUGAAAGAUAUUAAUUCUAAAUGGUUUGUAGUUGACCUAACAUGGUUUAUAAGUGGCCAGUAAAUUCCAUAGAAUUAAGAAUUUUAUGAUGCAUUGCACGCCAUAUAUAUGUAAUAUUCAAUUUUCAAUCACUCAUUCAAAUUGCAGCAGAAAUGUUAAACAUUAUUCUUUCAUUUGUACAAUUAAAACCCAAUAUUCAACACACGCUCCGACAAAUAAUUAUACUGUACUUGUACUUAAAUGUUAUGUGUAUAAACUGGUGAUCACAUGAAAAGAUCAAUGAUUUUGCUGGUAUGAAGUAAGACAAAUUCAUGACCAAGAUAGAAUGAAGAAGCCAUUGAUUAUGAGCAUCUCUCACAGCUGUCGCAGUCCAACACGGACAUUUUAAAACUUCAUAAAGCAUGGUGUUCACUGUUCCUUUCUCUGUCUAGUUAUGAAUGUAGGACGUAGGAUAUGGGUGUAUCAAGGAGAUUUCCCUUCUACCCAAGGGAACAUUAUCAGAUUGUCUAUUUACAGUCAGAUGAAGAACUUGCCAAAUUACCAGAAAAAGAAAGAUGGCGGAUUGAGCAUCAGAGGCUCCAUGAGAAACACCGGGGUCAUGAGGCGAUGCACAUGGAGAUGGUGCUGAUCCUGAUAGCCACCCUGGUGGUGGCACAGAUUGUCCUGGUCCAGUGGAAGCAGAGACACUUCAAAUCUUACCAAAGAGCUACAUUGCUGGGGAUGUGGUUGAUUCCUGUUGGCUUCUGUCUCAAGUUUGGGUGGCAUCGUUUUAUUUAUGUGUGGAGUAUAUUUUCCAUCAUCACUGCAUUCAUCACUUUUAAAGCAUCAAGAAAACCUAUCUCAGGCACUACACCAAGGUUGGUGUACAAAUGGUUUCUGGUGAUGUACAAAAUUAGCUAUUUCCUAGGAAUUGUGGGAUAUUUGUCUGUGAUGUUUACUUUAUUAGGACUUAAUCUUAUUUUAUUAAUCAAACCUCAAGUCUCGAUGGACUUUGGACUUUUGCUUUUAUUUUAUGGACUCUACUUUGGAGUGGUGGCCAGAGAUUUUGCUGAAGUGUGUUCAGAUACCAUGGCAACACAAAUUGGGUAUUACACACCAACAGGGCUGCCUGGCAAAAGAUUAAACCCCAAUGUGUGUGGGAUUUGUGGAAACCAAAUUUUAGUAGAAAACAAUGAAGAUGCAAUCAUUGAGAAUACCUGUAAAUUAGGCUGUGAUCAUAUAUUCCACGAGUUCUGUAUACGAGGCUGGUGCAUUGUGGGUAAGAAGCAGACCUGUCCCUACUGCAAAGAGAAGGUGGACCUCAAGAGGAUGUUUCCUAGUCCCUGGGACAGACCGGACAUUUUAUAUGGGAACCUGCUGGACUGGAUCCGAUACCUUGUAGCCUGGCAGCCAAUCAUUAUAAUACUUGUACAGGGUAUCAACUGGUCACUGGGCCUGGAGUAGUAACCCACUGGACUUAUAUAUAUAUGUGUGUGUGUGUGAUGCGAGUGUCGAUAAAGUCUACAAACUGUAUGAUUGUUUAGAUUGAGUCUAUAAUUUAUGAUUGAGUUGAAGAACAAAAAUUUGUGUUCACUUUAUUUUAUGUUUGUACAAUUACCAUGAUUGAGAGAAUGUAUAAAUAUGAUGCCAAAAUACCAGUUUUAUUUGUUUUGAAAUAUCUGCAUUGGCAGCAUGCAAAUAUUAGUCUGAAUUUAUUAAAGCCAUUAUUAUUUUCCA